AACGCGUUCUUAGAGAUCAAAGUUUCCUGAACAAUAGGAAAGCCGCGGUACAGACAGACGACAACACAGCUCUCUGGAGCUGUGAUUAGGCAAGAUGACGUGGAGGAGAUCGACCCAUUGCGAUCUGCCGCGUGGGUGCAGGGCCGACGAGUGAAGAAGCGCAGAAUACGAGAGAAUUGCGCAGCAAGGAACCAGAGUCCAGAAGGGCUGACGAACUUACAUACGCUUCCUGGGGUCUGGGGAAGUCUCGCUGGGGGAGGCAGAGUAGGAGGAGGAGAAGGCCGUCGAAGACACGAGUUGUCACUGGCAUCGAAGGAAGAAAUCGGAGGCCGAGCUUGAUUGCGACGAGGAGGCGGGAGAAGACAGAUCUGCCCACAGCUUUUGAGAGAAGAGAGGCGAGGCGGGGCGAGGUGAUAGCGAGAGGAAGAAAGGAGAGAAUAGACGAAAACGAUGGGGAGCUCGAAGCCUGAUGUAGAGCAGGGUCAGCAUCAGAGUUUGCCGUGGACGCAGCAGGAUCAGCGGGCACACCAUCCCGAUCAGCAGCAGGUGCACUAUCCCGCGGUGGAUCAGUCGCCUGCUUAUUACGGGACGUUUCAUGACCAGCCAGGAUUCCCACAGCCAGUUCCUCCCAGCCAGGCACCGCACUAUGCUCAAGGUGACAGCAGUUAUAUGUAUGAUCAGGCGCGAGGGAUCCACGGGAGGAUUGUCGAGGGUAAGCCGCUUCUCAGCGGAGAGCACUUUCACAGUUCCGAUCCUCUUCCGUUUUGCGGACUGGGAUUCGGAUGGUUCUUAUUCAUCUUCGGGUUUUUCUGCGUAAUUCCUUGGUAUAUCGGCACCGCUAUAUUUUUCUGCUUAAAAUCCGAUCCCAGAGAACACACCGGCCUCCUUGCUUGCGCAAUUGCUGCUCUAAUCUGCCUCCUUGCCGGUGGUUCCAAAUUCGGUGAUGUGUGGUGAUGGAAAUCGUUCACUCGGACAACUCAAGAUUAUCAAAUCCGGCGUUUAAGGCAUGUCUUCUCUUCUCUCUCUCUCUAUCGAGGAGAUGCAUCUUGAUGGUGUGAGGGUGUCGGUCGCGGAGCAUCCAAAGGCGUCCCUCCGGUGAUCUUCAUACCAGGACUAAAUGCCAAACCGAUGUAAAAAGAAACAUACAGAAAUGUUGUAUAUGUCAGUCCUAUUGUUGCAGACCGAGCAUAUUUUGUAGUCUUUGCAUUCGCUGAUGACCCUUAAUAGAUCAGCUACCGAUCCUUUGUUGUGUAUCUUUAUACUGUGCCAGUUUAGUUGCUGUUAUGACCUGUGGAGCUACAGAGUUCUUGUCGCAAAAGCACGGGUUGUGUAAAAAUUUAUGAUUUGAUUGUCCCCGUGCAUGGCACCACGAACAGAAGAAACCAGACAAUCGAUAACAGUUGUAUUGGUCCAGAUCAAAGACGAAUUAUUCGGCUUGGACUGUCAAUCCUAGCCAGUCUUAUACUUUUUCAACGCAGUUUAUUUUCUUCUAUAAUUGAGUGCCUUUGCUGUUUUAAGUUUUGUCACUGAUUUUGCUGCUGCUUGACGUGGGGCAUUAAAAGUCAUAAAGUUUAGGAUCGAUUGGAUUUUACACUUAAAGAAAUCAUGAGCUCAAGGAUUGUCUUUACAAGUCUUGCUUUCCUAGCGUAUGCAUCAGCCACAGACUGAAUUUUAUCCGUCUGCAGAUGUUUGUUGCAUUUAGGAAUGGGAUCGCAGAUAGGGCUUGAUCAACAUAUUUCACAAUUAGGGGUUUUACAGUCGUCCCACUAUGUUUCUAUUUCUAGUAGCUAACCUCUUGUCUCUGACAGCAGUUUUAAGAUGGUGUUUUUCUCGUCUAUUUCUGAAAUUUUCUGAGUCGGGCGGGAAUUCUUCUCGGGAACGGACUCAUAAUAUCAUAACAUAUCUCAUAACAGCACAUCUCACUCGGGUGCUUAAUUAAACUCAAGGAUGCAGCACGGACCUUCUUAAACACAGUUGUCUGAUGUGUUCGCGUGGAAGAUAACUAGCGUAGACUGCCAUCAUCCAGGUGGCUUUUCACAAAAUGAACAGGACCUCUCAUCUCGUUUCCAAGUUUGGUACUAGAAGUGUGCCCCAUUCUUUGCAUUGAAGGUCGAUGAAUAGGAAUCUUCGCUCCUGCUGCUUCUGAAGCAUCGUUAUCGAUCUAAAAGCGCAUCAUUUCAAAAGCAGUCCAGAAGAAAUGUUUUCGUGAAUGUGAAAAGUUCAAUCGAGCUCUAUAUUGCAAUAAGGUGGAGUUCACAUGUGCUCCGAUUUUCGCCUGACUGUUUGCUUACUGCGUCGACUGGACGAGUAUAAGUACUGUUCUGGAGUAACUUUUUGGCUCUAAAUACUUGACUAGGUUUAUCUCAGAAAAUGUACGUACUACACUAAAGUUAUCUAAGAGUAUAUGAAAAUGGAGAGAUUUACUGUCAUCACCUUAGAGUUUUGGAAAUAAUAUAAUAUUUUACUAGUAAAUGAAUGACUUUGACAUUCGAUAGAAAUUCUAAUUUGAAUAAUUUGAUCUGUGAGAGAAGAUGACAAAGAUGGUGCGAGGUUUGACAUGAAG